GAUUAUUUUUUAUCAAUGCAGGGACAAGCUUCACUGUUGAUGCAUUCCGUUAUGGGUGUAUUGAAGGGUGCUCUGCAUACUUUCUUAGUCACUUCCAUUCCGAUCAUUAUGGUGGCCUUAGCAAGAAAUGGUCACAUGGCCCCAUUUAUUGCUCUCCUCUUACAGGCAGGCUUGUUCAAAUGUGUCUCUCGGUAAAUCCCUUCGUUGAUUCACUUUGGCCUCUCAAACGGGCAAUGUUAUUUGCAUACCGGAGACUUUAGAGCUUGUAAACAAAUGCAAGCUUACCAUACUCUUGUAAAUCAACAUGUGAAUGUCCUUUACUUAGACACUACAUAUUGCAACCCAAAGUACAAUUUCCCUUCCAAGGAAGACGUACUCAAUUAUGUUGUCAAAGUUACAAAGAACCAACUUAAAGUGCAUCCCAAAACUUUGGUGGUUGUUGGAGCGUAUAGUAUUGGCAAAGAGUGUGUAUAUCUUGCAAUUUCUAAGGCUCUUGGGGUAAAAAUUUAUGCAAAUGCUUCAAGAAGGAAAAUUUUGCUGGCUUUUGGUUGGUCUGAGCUUUCUGAUAGUCUGUGUAUUAAUGGAAAUAACACAUUUCUCCAUGUUCUUCCCAUGUCAUCUCUCAGAUUGGAGUCUUUAAAGGAUUACAUGAAGACCUACAAGGAAAAAUACACAGCAGUAUUGGCAUUUCGUCCAACAGGUUGGACUUUCAGCGAAAAGAUUCGCAAUGAUCUAGAACUAAUUAAACCUAUUUCCAAAGGAAAUAUCACAAUAUAUGGUGUUCCCUACAGUGAGCACUCCAGCUUCACAGAACUGCGAGGUUUUGUUCAGUUUUUGAGGCCUGAUAAAAUAGUUCCAACUGUGAAUGUCGGAAAUGCGGCUACUCGAGAAAAGAUGCAAUCUUACUUCCGAGACUGGUUGAAGGGUUAACCGUUAACGUCUUCUCUCCCUUUCAAGAAAUUUGGGAUUGUAAUAAGAGAUACCCAUUUAAUGAAGAUGGAAUUCGCAGGGGGAUUCGACAUCUAUUGCAAUCUGCAGAAGGCGAUACAUGGAUUCUUUUGGAAGGUUAGCCAUCACGAUAACAUGUUUGAUCUAAUUGCCGCAACACCUUUUGUUUGUCUGCUUGAAAGAAUAUCGUCCUGCAGGACUUAUAUGAUGAAAAUAUAGGAUGAAAUGUCAUGCGUUCUGAUAUUUGUCUUGUGCGAAGCACUUGCCCAUUUUAUUGAAGAAUCAUAGUUGGUACCUAGUUGGAGGUCACAACUUGAAUGCAGAUUCCCGCCAAGAUUCCUACUAUUUAUCGCAAUUUUUUAAUUUUAAUUUUAUUUUGUACAAGUAAUAUUAGUUAGGUUCCUUAUGGCUUUGUUACAGCCACAAUAGCCAUUUCUGGUUGUAAAGUGGGGUAUUUACAUUACCGGUCAUUUGAUUGUAUUGUUUUUGGGGUUAAUGGUCAAAUUGAUCUUCGAAAGAUUACACGAUCGUUUAUUUUUGUUCCCAAAUAAUUUUUCUAAUCAAAUUAGUUCUUGAAAGAUUUAACAUCACACGUUUGUCCUUCCGUUUUUAGGCUAACAACGACAAUACACGUGAGACGUUAACUGAUAUGUGUGUUAUCAGCUGUGUGUCAAAAUGAAAACUGAUAAGAUAUAUUCACUAUAUUAUGUUAAAAUAGUCCCUGACUCUAUUUUAUAAGCCCUAAUCCCUAAAAUCCACGGAGACAUUAAUCCAUCCCCAAAAUGUUAAAGGAGCUUCAUGCAACUGGAACAUCGUCAUCAAUGGCGGAUGAACCGCAACUCAUCGAGCCUGUAGGGAAGUCUGUCGUGCACAGGAUCUGCGCUGGCCAAGUCAUCCUCGACCUCUCCUCCGUCGUCAAGGAGCUUGUUGAGAACAGCCUCACGCCGGCGCCACCGCUGUCGAAAUAGUUCUCAAGGAUUUCGGCGAAGAUUCUUUUGGUUACGGCAUUUCAAGGUUCUUGCUUUGAAGCAUCGUACUUUCAAAUUGGCAGAUUUUCCUGAUCUUGAGUCUUUACUUUUGGAUUCAGAGGUGAGGCACUGGGUUCGCUAUGUGCUUUGGGGAAUUUGAGCAUCGAGACAAAAAUGAAGAAUGAGACAGUUAACGCCCCACGUGUACUGCCAUUGACGGAAACGGUUAGCCAAAAAAUCGAAAGGACCAACAUGAUUGAUGUUAAAUCUUUUAAGGUUUAAUUUGAUUAAAAAAAUAAUUCGAAGACAAAAAUAAUGAUCUAGCAAUUUUUGGCUCAUUUUUUUGAUAUGGAACAAAGCUUAGUGUUGUUCAAUGUAAUGGAUGCAAUGGUCGUGCAAUUUUUGGCUCAUUUUUUUUGAUAUGGAAUAAAGUUUGGUGUUGUUCAAU